UUCACGAGGGUACUGUACUCCGUAGAUUAUAGCGUUUUGCCUGCUCGACCUUCCCGCCCCGCCAUUCUCUGCUGGUCCGGUAGUUUAUCAUGUACUGGAAGUAGUACUAGAAGGUACAAGGACAUGCGGGAUCGAGCGAGUCGGCACGGAUUGCCGGAGACGGAGUCGCUACGCCAUCUUCUCAACCAAUUAACCGCCGGUGACGGGUCUACCGAUCCACCAUGCCAGACUGGCACAGAAAAUUCAACAUUAUGAUGUUGCUCCUACUAGCGUGCAAUUCAAAAGCGUCGUCCGUCGUAGGUAGCCCCUGCCAGCCACCAUUCCGUGCUUCCACUCCCACUCCGAGCGUUGUAUCUUGCGCUCCCAUCCACGAGAUGGCCGCCGCCAAACCAGCCCCAAUUGCCGCCGAUUCCACCACCAACAACAACGCGGCCACACCGCCGGAGCCCCCACUCCUGGAGGUGGCGGAAGAGGAGGUGGUCAUCGACUUCGAGCCCAACUCCAAGUGCCGCGUCGACCUCCGCCUCCGCUCGCUGCACGCCACGCUCCCGGUCGCCUUCAAGGUCCAGACCUCCUCCCCGCUCAGGUUCCUCGUCAGCCCGCCGCGGGGCUCCCUGGCGCCGCUCUCCUCGUCCUCCAUCCGCGUCGUGCUCCGCCCGCAGCCGCACCCCCCGCAGUGCUUCCCGCGCUCCCGCGCCGACCGCUUCCUCGUCCUCUCCUCCCUCUCCGCCGCGCACCUCGACGGCCCCGGCUCCGGAUCCGCCUCAAGCGCCAUCCGCCUCCGCGUGUUCUUCGGCGGCCCCUACCUGCUCCGCCUCGCCGCCGACGCCGGGGACGCCGCGGCCGUGCGCCUCAUCCUGCGCCGCCAGCCGCACCUCCUGCCGGUGCUCCAGCCUGCGGCGGCGGCGGUGGCGCCGGUGCCCGACGCGGGGGAGGAGCUGCACGCGGCCGCCGCGAGAGGGGACCGCGCCGAGGUGAGGAGGCUGGGGGCGGAAGGGCUGGAGGCGCGUGACAAGGAAGGGAGGACGGCUCUGCAUGUCGCGGCCGCGGCGGGGGGAGCGGAGGCCGUGGCGGAGCUGGUGGAGAUGGGCGCUGACGCCGCGGCGGCCGACGCGCGCGGGAGGACUCCGCUGGACGUGGCGCGAGAGAAAGGCUAUAAGGAAGUGAUGGACAUCCUGGAACGGUGGGAGCUAGUCAUGACCGCCGCGAGGCGAGGCGACCUCCAAAGCCUCGAGUUCCUCCUCAGCAAGCGCACCGGCCUCCGCGGGUGCGACCAGUAUGGCCUGACGGCGCUCCAUGUGGCCGCCAUCAAAGGUCACUGCGACGUGAUCGCCUUGCUCGCGGGGUCUGGCUGCAUGGACGUCGAGUGCGAGGAUGUGGAAGGGCACAGGCCGUUGCAUCUCGCCGUCGAAAGCGGCUGCGCCGAGGCCGUGGACCUGCUGCUUGACAUGGGCGCCGACGUCCAUGCCAAGACCAAGCGGGGCACGACACCGCUCCAGAUGGCUGAGACGAUGCGGUAUGAGGACAUCUCGCAUCUGCUGCGCAGCCGGGGUGCCGAGGCGGCAGCUGCUGCGCAGCUGUGCAUUGCAUCCUCAUCUUCCUUGUCGAUCUCAUGUGCCUAGCUAGGCCUUGCGUGUAAAAUUCAGAGUUGUUUGUAGAGACAUUAUUGAUACUACACCGUAUAGGUCACAGAAGUGACUAUACAGUUUUAUGAUGACGGAUUCUAAGCUUCCUGCGGCACUUUUCCAAAAGUUGCAAAUUGAUCCAGAAUGUAGAUCUAGACGUACAGAAUCAAAUCCUUCUCAAAUGUCCAA